UUCAGUGUAGUACACAGCUUUUUCUUCACUAACAGAGACACCGUGUAUUCUCACGAACUUGUUCCUACAGGAAACUAAACAGCAGGCGAGUCGAAGCAGCCGCCGUCAGACAUGCAGACAGAGAAAGAGGCUGAGGAUGAUGCAUCUCCUGAAGAGUACGUUGCCCUGUCUAAUUUCACUGGAAGUGGCAGCGACCAGCUUAGUUUCAGCUGCGGGGACAGACUGCUCGUGCACGCCAAGCCUUCAUCAGAGUGGUGGUGGGCAGAGCUGCACGAGGUCAUAGGUUAUGUCCCUGCCGGUCACCUGCGCCAGCAUGAGGAGGAGGAGGAGGAGGAGGACGCCUCCCUGGAGGACCCAUGGCAAGAUGAAGAAUACUUUGGCAGUUACGGAACACUGAGGCUUCACUUGGAGAUGCUGUCUGACAAGAGCCGCACUGAGGCUUAUCGGCAGGUUAUCCUGAGUAACAGUGCCUCUCUGAGGAAUAAGGUGAUGAUGGACCUCGGCUGUGGGACUGGCAUCAUCAGCCUGUUCUGCGCUCAGCUGGCACAACCCUCAGUGGUGUAUGCUGUGGAGGCGAGCUCCAUGGCAGAGUACACCAGACAGCUGGUGAAGCAGAACGGCUGCGAGGAAGUGGUCACGGUGCUCCAGGGACGAGCUGAGGAGAUCGAGCUACCAGAGCAGGUGGACAUCCUGGUGUCCGAGUGGAUGGGGAACUGCCUGCUGUUCGAGUUCAUGGUUGAGUCAGUUCUGCUGGCCAGGGACCGCUGGCUUCGGGAAGGUGGCGUGAUGUGGCCCUCGUCUGCGGCCCUCACCCUUGUGCCGUGUCAGGCCGACAGCUAUUAUGCAGAGAAAAUGGCCUUCUGGGAGCAGCCCUAUGGCCUGGACUUCACUCCUCUUCAGCCCUUGGCCCAGCAGGAGUUCUUCACCAAGCCCAAGUUCAGCCACCUCAUUGAGCCCGAUGACUGCCUCACCGCUCCCUGCGAUGUCAUAAGCCUGGACAUGUACACUCUGCAAGUCAAAGACCUGGAGGAAAUGAAGGGUCAGUUUCAUUUUUCUGCUGAAAAGUCUGGUGUGUUCCAUGGAUUCACCGCCUGGUUCACUGUUCAUUUCAAGAGCCUGGAGACAGGAGGCGCAACCGUGGAGCUGAACACCGGACCUUACUCUGAGCCGACACACUGGAAGCAGACCCUUUUCAUGUUAGACAGGCCAGUUAGUGUGUAUGCCGGAGACUCCAUCAGUGGAACCGUGGUCCUGCGCAGGAACCCUGUGUGGAGACGCCACAUGACUGUUACCUUGCAGUGGAACAUCAACAGCAGUGCAGAGGACACAGACAACUGCCAGGUUGGGACAAAGAGUUUCCCCAUGUGGAGGUGACAGAUUCUCCAUCAGCGGUGGACAUCCACAGAAAAACAGUCAUCAGACAGUGUGACAGGGUCAUGAGGCAUCAGCUGUCAGCUGCUGCUGACCUGGACGGAAGUCGACUGUCAUAUUACAGUGAAAGUCAUGGCCAGAGGAAGCUCAGCAGGCUGGACAUGUAGUCUGAUAGUGUUAAACCUGAUAACUGCAGGUCCAGGUGAUACAGCACACCACGAACCAGAGAAGAAGUAACAUGCUAUGAAUGACCUGUGGACAUUACUGUUACUUUGACUUGAAUGCUCAUUGGGCUAAGGGGAAAAAGUGUCUUUGUAUAAGUGUUGUUUCAGCAACAGAUCACUGAAAUGACAAACAGUUUUAACAGAUAUUUGUGGCCUCAAGGUGCAACAAAGUAAGAGUCCAGUCCUCCACAUUAAGCUUUUAUGUUUAUUUUUACUCCAUGUGCAUAUUGUUUUACAAUAGCCAUUUCAUUUACAUUGUUUGUACUUCCUAUGAGUGCUACACAUGCCAGCAGGCUUGUAUGGUUUUAAGAGAGCAACAGAUUAACCAUGACUUAUAAUGGUUAGCGGUACUAUACUUUUCCCCAUAUUCAAAGAUUAGAUUGAGCAAUAUACGCCACUGAAAUGUUAGUUACAAAUGUUUAUUAGCUUUGACAGCUAAAAUAUGCCUUAAAAACAACAUUGUCAAACUUAACAAAGAUAAUCAACAACAAUAAAAUUAAUUAAAUAACUGUACAAUUAGUAAACUCAUGUUGAUACAAUAUAUAAAUCACACAACAGUAUUUUGGGACUUUGUCCCUAUGUCUGAUAAUUUGCAAAUGGAAUUUUGUUAACACUUUAUAUUAAGGUACACAUAUUCACAAUUAAGUAAUUUCUUAUUAGCAUGCAUAUCAGAAGCAUAAUGGAUUUUUAUGUCAUUAUAAAGCUCUUCCUUUAUGCAGUUAAAAGACCAUUAACAGAGUUUUCUGUCAAUAACCUCAUUACUGCUUAUUGAUAGUAAGGAAAUUAUUAAAUGUUAUUACCCUAAGCCUAACCAACAGAAUAAGGCUUCAAUAAGUGCUUUAUUUUGACUAAUAAAGAGUCAAUAUGCUACUAAUAUAUAUGCUAACAAGCAACUAGUUAAUGGUGAAUAUGUGCACCUUAAUUUAAAAUGAGACCGUAACUUUUAGUUUGUUCUUCUGGUGGCAGGUGAGAUUUGAAAAGGACAUUAAACGCCACACUGCUGCUCUGCAUGUGUUCUUCUGUGCUGUG